CAAAAAGUUGGGUUAGUAAUUGAAUUUUCCAAAUAAAACACGCCUGAAACAGAAACAAAAAAUGAUAAUAGUAAAAUAAAGGCUCUUCGUUUCCCAAAAAUCAGCCCCGGCCACCACAGCCGCAGAGAUCCGGACAAUGAGCAAUAUAAAACUUGGCACCAACCAUAAGCAAUUAUAGACCUCUUUAAUUUUUGGUUUUGGAAAAACAAAAACCCAUUUCCUUUCCUCCUAUAAAUAGCCCGAUCUGCUCUACCCAAACCACGAACACAACUGAUGCAGCAAAAGGGGAAAUCCUGCAAUCGCAGAUCCAGGACAUUUUCAAGAUCCCGCAUUGCAGUUGAGGGUUGUUAGAACUUUACAUUUUACCCUUUCUCCCACCAAUUUCUCUCAUAUCCCAAUCCCUCUCUUAAAAGCCCCCAUAGCCAAAUACAGAUAACUAAAAAACAAAAACAUCAAAUCCUUCUGUUGCUUGUUCUUUGUGCUCGCACCAUGGCCGCCAUCGCCCAAGAUCAAGAGCGUGAGGUGCAAAAGAGUUACUGGAUCGAACAUUCUGUUGAACUCACUCUGGAGUCUAUGAUGCUUGAUUCCAAAGCAUCUGAUCUCGACAAGGAAGAGAGGCCUGAGGUUUUGUCCCUACUCCCACCAUACGAAGGCAAGUCGGUUCUGGAACUUGGAGCUGGUAUUGGCCGUUUUACUGGUGAGCUAGCCAAGAAGGCUAAAGAAGUUGUAGCUCUAGACUUCAUUGAAAGCGUGAUAAAGAAGAAUGAAGCCCUCAACGCACAUCAUAAAAAUAUCAAGUUUAUGUGUGCUGAUGUGACAUCUCCAGACCUGAACUUUUCAGAAGGAUCUCUGGAUGUCAUAUUUUCAAACUGGCUGUUGAUGUAUCUCUCUGACAAAGAGGUUGAGAAUCUUGCAGAGAGAAUGGCCAAAUGGUUAAAAGUUGGUGGCUAUAUAUAUUUCAGAGAAUCAUGUUUCCAUCAGUCGGGUGAUCACAAGCGAAAGAAUAAUCCCACUCACUAUCGUGAACCGAGAUUUUAUACCAAGGUGUUUAAAGAAUGUCACCAGAUUGACAAGUCUGGAAAUUCAUUUGAACUUGAUCUCAUUGGUUGCAAGUGUAUUGGAGCUUAUGUGAAAAACAAAAAAAAUCAAAAUCAGAUCUGCUGGAUCUGGCAAAAGGUUAGCUCAGAUGAUGACAGGGGAUUCCAGAGAUUCCUGGACACUGUCCAAUAUAAAUGUAGUGGCAUAUUGAGAUAUGAGCGUGUUUUUGGUGAGGGAUUUGUGAGCACUGGUGGAAUAGAUACAACCAGAGAAUUUGUAGCUAAAUUGGAUCUGAAGGCUGGCCAGAAAGUGUUGGAUGUGGGAUGUGGCAUUGGAGGAGGUGACUUUUACAUGGCAAACAAGUACGAUGUUCAUGUGGUUGCCAUUGACCUCUCGAUCAACAUGAUAUCUUUUGCCCUUGAGCGUGCUAUUGGUCUCAAGUGUGCUGUUGAGUUUGAAGUUGCUGAUUGUACCAAGAAAGAAUACCCUGAUGGCACAUUUGAUGUGAUCUAUAGCCGUGACACGAUUCUUCACAUUCAAGACAAACCUGGACUGUUCAGAUCUUUCUACAAGUGGCUAAAGCCUGGAGGCAAGAUGCUUCGUGAUGCUGGCUUUGAUGAGGUCAUUGCUGAGGACAGAACUGAUCAAUUCAUAAAAGUUCUUGAGAAAGAGUUGGAUGCAGUGGAGAAGGAUAAGGCAACAUUUAUAAGGGACUUCUCCGAGGAAGACUACAAUGAAAUAGUUGGAGGUUGGAAAGCUAAGCUCAUAAGGAGUUCAUCUGGCGAGCAGAGAUGGGGUUUGUUUAUCGCCAAGAAAAAGUGAGGAAAUCUGUGUGUUAUGUGUUAUUUGAGCUAUAAUAAAAAACUUUGUUGCCCAAUGACAUGGCAUUUCUCUCAUUCUAUGUUCAAAUCCAUCCAUCCAGGAGGAGUGUGUUGUUAUUUUUAAUGUAUGUUUGAUGUCAGCAUUCAUUUUUCUGUUUAAAUGCGAAACAUUUGUAUCGUUUGAUAAUAAAUAAAUUUCCUUUAAUGUGUGAAUUAGUUCUGCAUUUGUAUUUUAUGACAUUGU